AAAUAUGGAAGAUAUCCGAAUGAUUGAUUCGGAUAUUAAAUUACCAUUGGCUCUUGGAAACAUUAAUGAAUCAUUAGAAAGUAUUAACGAAGUUGAUGGAUGGAUUAAACAUUUGAUGCAAUGUAAACAGCUUUCAGAGGUAGAUGUUAGACGUUUAUGUGAUAAGGCUCGAGAAAUUUUACAGGAAGAAUCAAAUGUUCAGCCUGUCAAUUGUCCAGUUACAGUUUGUGGUGAUAUUCAUGGUCAAUUUCAUGAUCUGAUUGAACUUUUUCGUAUUGGAGGAAAUUGUCCAGAUACAAAUUUUUUAUUUAUGGGAGAUUAUGUUGAUCGAGGAUACCAUAGCGUUGAAACAGUGACGCUACUAGUUGCACUUAAGGUGAGAUAUAGGGAACGAAUUACUAUUUUGAGAGGAAAUCAUGAAUCAAGACAAAUUACACAAGUUUACGGGUUUUAUGAUGAAUGUUUACGAAAAUAUGGUAAUGCAAAUGUAUGGAAGAGUUUUACAGAUCUUUUUGAUUAUCUUCCUUUGACAGCAUUAAUUAAUGAUCAAAUUUUUUGUUUGCAUGGAGGACUUUCGCCUGGAAUUGAUACAUUAGAUCAUAUUCGUGCAUUAGAUAGAAUCCAAGAAGUGCCUCAUGAAGGUCCUAUGUGUGAUCUUCUUUGGUCAGAUCCGGAUGAUCGCUGUGGUUGGGGAAUUUCUCCUCGGGGUGCAGGAUAUACUUUUGGACAGGAUAUUUCUCAGGCAUUUAACCAUAAUAAUGGAUUAACUCUUGUCGCUAGGGCUCAUCAGUUAGUUAUGGAAGGUUAUAGCUGGUCACAAGAAAGAAAUGUAGUUACGAUUUUUUCUGCUCCAAAUUAUUGUUAUAGGUGUGGAAACCAAGCUGCUAUUAUGGAAAUUGACGAACAGAUGAGAUAUACGUUCCUUCAAUUUGAUCCAGCACCAAGAGCAGGGGAGCCUCAAGUAAGUCGUCGAACACCAGACUAUUUUCUAUGAUAAUUUAUGCAUUAAAACAUGAUAUUAAUAUUCCGA